UCAGAACAUUGUUAAACGGCCAUAAAACGUAAAUUGAAUAAAAAAAGGUCCUAGAAAUAAUCAGGCAAUCGACAAACAAAUCCCACAGUUCAUUUAUAUAAUGGGGCAAUCGGCAGAUUACUUUGCCAGACGACGAUCCACUCCAACAUGGUCUACUUAGUGAACGGGGAGAGGACGCCGCUGCUGCUCCGUGUCGUUCCCAAUCACAUCAAGACAUUAGCCUCAAGUGGAUUUGGAGUCCGCCACUGGCAGGCGAUCCUUCUGUUUAUCGGUAUGAUGAUCAACUACUUUCAGCGCGUCGACAUCUCGGCCGCCAUCGUACCGAUGACUCAGUCCACAGCCGGGGCACCCUCCUACAGCUGGAACGUGUCGGAAAAAUCCCUGAUCCUGAGCAGCUUCUUCUGGGGCUAUGUCGUCUCGCAGGUGCCCGCAGGUUUGCUGGCAAAACGCUUCGGGGCCAAGAUUGUUUUGGGCACAGCAACAGCAGUCGGCGGAAUCUUGUCGUUCUUCCAUCCCAUGGCGGCGGCCAGUGGCUGGGAGAGUGUCUGUGUAUUGCGGAUCCUCACCGGUCUGGUUCAAGGCACUGUCUAUCCCUGUGUGCACACCUUGUUGGCCAAGUGGGUGCCGCGCACCGAAAGAGGCUUUCUCACCACCGGCAUCUAUUCGGGCGCCCAGUUCGGGACGGCUCUUAUUCUGGUCACGAGUGGAUUUAUUUUCGAGUCGAGCUUGGGCUGGCCCGGACUGUUCCACUUGUCCGGUGGCCUAAGCUUGGCCUGGGCGCUGCUCUUCUUCUGGCAGGCUGCCAACGAACCUGCGACAGCUCGCAGCAUCACGAAGACGGAACAGGAGUACAUCGAAAGCCUCACAGGCAGCAAUAGCAGCAGUCAGUCCAUGCCAGUGCCCUGGAUGUCGAUCUUCAAAUCGCCAGCCUUUUACGGUCUUUUGGCCGCUCAUUGCGGCUUCACCUGGGGAUUCUACACGCUGCUGACCCAGAUGCCCACGUACAUGAACAAGGUUCUGCAGUUGGAUGUCAAGUCGAACGCAUUCCUCUCCUCCCUGCCGUACCUAGCCAUGGGCGUGCUGUGCCUGGUGGUCAGUCCCAUAUCGGAUGUGCUCACCAACCGAGGCUUCAUAUCGAUCACAACUGCUCGAAAGCUCUUCAACUCGAUAGGACAGUGGGGACCGAUGGCCUGCCUGAUUGGACUGGGCUACAUGACCGCCGACCAAAAGACCUGGGCCAUUCUAUUGCUGACACUAGCAGUGGGCAUCAAUGCGGGCUGCUCUUGCGGGUACCUUAUUAAUCACAUUGAUUUGUCGCCCAACUUUGCUGGUCCCAUGAUGGGCGUCACCAAUGGAAUUGCCGGUGUGACAUCCAUUGUGGCACCAUUGGUGGUGGGGGCCAUUCUAACCGAAGAGGAGGAUCCGAACCAAUGGCGUUUGGUCUUCUUCAUAACCGGAGCAAUUUACUUGGUGUGCAACACCUUGUUUGUGAUAUUCGGCAAAGCCACUGUGCAGUCCUGGAACGAGCCAACGAGCAUGUCCAGCACGAUAGCUCUGCGAAACAACUUUGAGAACGAUUCCCAGACCAUUUCGCCCACGACAGUCAAGGACAAUCGCUUUUAAUCUGCUGUACCUCGACCCUGACCACAAUCUCGUUAAUACUAUUAUGGCUCUAUGAGCUUUUACCCUAAUAUACCUCUUCUGUAUAUAUAAUUCGGCACACGAGUGUCACAAAUGAACA